CUUGACAUGUCUAUAAGAUCGCGCGACACUUUUGACGUUUUUAUCCUUACGCGAAACAGCUGUGUUGUUCACGAGAAAAUCGCAAACAAUGCGAAAAAAAUUGCAAAAGGAUCGGUGCUAUCUGUAUAAAUAUCGCCGAGUAUUGAGACAUGUUAAAAGAAAGAUAAACGCGAAACGUCAAUCUUAGAUUAACGGCCGAUGUAAUUUUAGCCGACAACGUUUUCACGAUCGAGAACUCGGCCAGUGAUCGAUUUAGGUGGGAACGGUAAUUCGAUCCUCCGCGGGCGGAGGCGGGGAGGAGUGGAAAAUCGGAAGCGAAUGUUUGUGCGUCUCUGCGUUCGGAUUGAUGAUAAUGCUCGUUUCGUGCUUGAAGGGUUGUAACGCUGUGCGUGGCGAAGUGUUUCCAUGGCACGAGAAGAUCCGCCGCGAUACAUCAGGGUGCGGCAAUUAUGAUUAGCAACUGGAGCGUCUCCCCCUUCCAGCACGUGUCACUGGUCGCACGUGUCACGUAACACCGUGAUUCUGCACACCGCAAGAAAAUUCGCGAUUCCUCGAAUCUUCGUGGGAAGUUGCACGCGGCUCCGACGCGAUUAGACUGUUCUCCGAAGAAUAGGUGAAUUCUAUCUCACCGUUUCUCGUCUGUAUUAAUUCACAAUGGUGAAGUACUCGACGUUGACGUUAGAAGUUAUAAUCAAAUAAUCUGAACUCUUUGAAAAGAAAAAUAUAUAUGUAUAUAUAUAUUAAGAGAGCCUCAUUGUUAUUAAAAAAAAAAAAAAUAGAAAUAUAAAGUUGACAUUUGCGUCAUACAAAAGCUUGACGUUCCGUGUAUGACGUCGGUUUCUAUCUGUUGAAUAUUGAAAUAUAUAAGCUGCAAAAGGUAAAAAAAAAAUAAAAAAUAAAUAAAAAUUUAGUCAACCGUGCACACACAUUAAACGCUUGAAAAUUGUUGCGCCAACAAAACAUACGUUUAAAUAUUUCAGUGUUUAAUUGCGCUUUGGCAAAAAUUUCGUCAAAAACACUCGACUAUGAACGUUCGACUUAGAUCGAGGGAGAGAUACUUUAAACGCAUGGUAAUUUUAUCCUGCUCUCCAUAUCUCCGCGUGGAUGAGAACGAAUCGUCUCAAAGUUAUCACACGGUUUCCGGUUCAAAAAAUCCAGAAGAGUUAUCACGUUCCCUCGGUGUCAGACCACUGAACAGCAAUUUUUUUCGGCCAAAGCCUCCCAGCCGAAAACGUCAGAUCAAAGUCAAGUCAAAGAUUAUCGGAUCAAAGAUGUGAUAUUUUCAUAAACAGAGAUAAGAGUAAUCUGAUUAUCCUGUUCACGACGCCGAAGAGACAUCGAGAUGAAAACGUCUUCCUGUUCACAGUGAAGUGUGCCAAUGCGUUGACUUUCCUCCUAAAGUAGAAAUCGGUGAUAAUUCGUAUUAACAAGCAAAAAAUGAUCAUUGUCACAUGAUAACCAGAUAUUUAUAAUCUGAUAAUUGUCUUCAUUGAUCUUGACAAUGAUAACUUCUAGUCAUAGCUACAACUUCUGAUUGUCGAUAAAUCAAUCAAUUUCGAAACAUAAAUCAUUGUUUAUAGCGUCGUAGCAUAAUUGUCAAUCGUUAUUGUGAUUUUACCAAUCAGGUAAAAUGAACGAAUCGUCAUCCUUUGUGAGAAACUUUAAUCCGUUCAAGAUAAUCCAUUUGUGCAACGUUCUCUUUCUCCAUGAAGAAGCAGCAGGAAGAGUCAUCACGUAGAUGGUAAUAAUCCAUUCGAAAACAAAGCUCUGAGGCGCGUAAAAGGGGAAGCGCUCGUUAACCUUUCGCACGUCUUUGCAGAAGUGCACUUUGCCCGCUGGCGAGAUUACCUUUGCAAAUUCAUUUCGCAAGGAUGGAUUUCUUCUUGAAUGAUACACAGCCGUCGCCAACAGAAGCAUCGGAAGCAUGGUGUUCAGGCUGGGACUUGUUUUACCUUUCAUACUCACAGAUACACGGCUGGGCGAGUCUUCUUGUGUGUAUAUUCGGCUCGAUCGCCAACCUCCUCAACAUCAUUGUGUUGACGCGUCGCGAGAUGCGGUCACCCACCAACAUGAUCCUCACCGGUCUCGCCGUGGCCGAUCUCUUUGUGAUGAUCGAGUACAUUCCUUACGCGAUCCACAUGUAUCUCUAUCACCGCUCCCGCAAAGACAAAUUCACCUACGGCUGGAGCGUGUUCGUGCUGUUCCACUCGAACUUCGCCCAAGUGUGUCACACGAUCUCGAUUUGCCUGACUGUCACAUUAGCGGUCUGGCGAUACAUCGCGGUCGCGCAUCCUCAAAGGAAUCGCGAAUGGUGCAGCGACAAGCGCACCUUCCUCAUGAUCAUCCUAGCUUACGUGUGUUGUCCGUUGCUCUGCAUACCACUCUACAUCGCGACCGAGGUGAAGCCAAACAUGGAAAUGUUGGACGAGUACGGGAAUGCUCUGAAGGAAAUAACAAAUUCAACAUCAACUGGCUUAAUGUUUAACAGGACCAAAACAACAACAUUCGACAUACACAGCCAAGGUGCGACCAACACCACGCUAUAUUUUGUGAAGUUCAAAACAUCGAUGGGCGACAUUCUCAAGGAUAUCAACUUCUGGAUCUAUAGUGUGGUAAUUAAGCUGAUACCGUGCGUGGCGUUGACGGUGCUGAGUAUCAAGCUGGUCAUGGUGCUGCUGGAAGCGAAGCAAAGACGGAAGAAUCUCACCAUGAAGAACACCGCGAUCAAGAUGGGCAAUGGCAAAGAGCACACCUACGAGAAGCCUAAGAAGAGGAGGAAGGUCACUGAUAAGGAACGACAGACUGACAGAACUACGAUGAUGCUGCUGGCGGUGUUGUUACUGUUUCUCCUCACGGAACUGCCGCAAGGCAUUCUAGGACUACUCUGCGUUAUACUGGGCACGAGUUUCUUCAACUCAUGUUACCUCAUGCUAGGCGACGUGAUAGACAUCUUAACGCUCAUAAACUCGGCCAUCAACUUCAUCCUAUACUGCGCUAUGAGCCGGCAAUUCCGCAUGACCUUCAAACAGCUGUUUUGCAACCGGUGGCGAUUCACCAGGUGGAUGCCGGUGCCGCAUCAACCGAUGGAGAACAACGGGCACACCGGGACCAAUCACACGGUGACCCAGGUCACCCAGGUCUAGCAUCGAAGAAACCAACGAAUGCGUUGCUAUCCGGUGUAAAAGGGUUGAGCUGAUUAAGCCACCUUUCAGACACGCGUACCGCAAGUCCGCACAUUGAAAGAGGAUGUACCCUACGCGAAUCUCCGUUCGCCAGCAAACACGGCAACAAGCGAAGAGAGGUGAAAUUUAUUUGCUCGCUACUGCCACCGACCCUAAUUGCGCCGUCGUCGUUGCGAACUUUAUAACGCUCGCGGCGUUUUCAAGAGCGCUCGGCUCUUCGUCCCGGACACACUACACACCAGAUGUGCAACAAAUAUUUGCUUAAGUUGGCUGGCGACCCGCUAUGUUUUUCCAACAUGUUUCUUUUCAAUUUUGCGCGUUACUUACUUACAUUGCAAUUAAUCAGCAACGACGCGGCCGGCUAACGUCAGAUUGAUCAUACGCACAAAAACGGUGUGUUAUAUAUUUAAAAAAAAAAUAGAUAUCCGCGAUAGAAAUACGAGAAAGCACUUAACAGAGUUAUUCAAUUAUAAUCGUUAAAAAUUUUAUAAUGCUAUUAUACAAUUCUAGCAUACUUUUAGUUAAAAAAUUAUCGAUCCUUUAAUGGAUCCUUUAAUGGAAAUAUAACCAAUGAAAUCAGUUAUGACGUCGUGAAUGACGUCAGUCAUAAAAGUCAUUCAUAAACAUUUUAAUUUUUAGAGACUUUUGAUUAUGGCAGAAAAGAGUGCGAGAAAAGAAUAAGAGAUUAUAUAUCGCGUGUACUCCGCAGCUGGUCUGCUUAUACACAUCCCCUUAGUAUUGCAGUUUGAAAAAAGUUUCAAACUUUGUAAAAAUAUAACUUAUCCCAUAAACGGCGCAUCAUAAUGCUCUCAUAAUAAAAAAACAUUUAUUAAAAAACAUUCGUAUUAUUCUAAUUUCUAUUAACUCUUUGCGCUCCAAUAGCUAUCUAUGCUAUCGAUAUAAUUGGUUUUUACCUCUUUUUUUUUGUUCAAUUCUGACCUACAUUGGAAAUUUGUGUUAUUAAUAAUUAAUUAUGUCGGUCUUAUAUACGCUGUCCAAAUCCUAAACAUACUUAACUUUAUACGAUAAUGGAAGUGUUAAGACUAUUACGCUCUGUCAAGUCAAUUAAUAUUAACAGGUAGCUAAUAACACGGUUCAGUUGAAACGUAACAAAGCGCGCCUAUUAAACUGAGCUUAAAUAGCUCAAAAUUUCCCGGCAGAGAUCAUUACAAUGCAUUACGUCGGUUGCAGUGCAAUUUUCUACAGCAUGAAGCUUGUUUCGAAAAACACGGCAGCAACGAAAUUCUUGCUUAAAUAGCUCAGGCUUCAUUUAUGUAAAUUAUGUUCAAUACUGCAUUUGAAAAAUCGUUCAUCAUAUUGUUCACUUGUUAGCGAAAAUUUAACAAAUUUUUGCUAUAAAAAAUCUUAGAAAAUGAAAACAUGCGCUUUCUGUUUGUUUAUUCCAUUAUGUAGAAUACAUUUAUUUAUUUAUUUGCAAAAACGUUUCAUUUUUGCU